AUGAAGACAUAUCCAAACCCACGUAUAGGAGAUUUAUCUGACACGUUUGUAAGGUCAAUCAUAUUUCUUAGAAGUGCUAGGAGGGUGACUUUGGAAUCUAAUAAUGGAUUUUUUGAAAGCACAAAAUUCCAGACAGUUGAGCAGCGUAGAUUGGCAUCCGAUUCGAUUGUUACCGAAUCAAUUUCCCAUUGUGACAAUUUGGUUGGUCUUGGUAAAGAGUUAAUGGAAUUUUUUGAAUCUUGUAAUAAUGAGUCAAUUUCUAACGAAGAUAUAUUAGAUGAUUUGAAUUUACUUUUGAAUGAUGCCAAAAGAUUUAAAACGACAAUAGAAGGUACCAACUCCAAAAUUAAAUCUCUCAAUGAAGUUGGGUUAUCUAGGGUAGCCUCGCGUUCCGUAGAAUCUGCUGUUAUAAAAAAUAAAAAAGUUCCUGAUGGUUUAAGUGGAAAACAAAUUCACUACAUGUCAGAAAGUAUACAAGAUAGCGUCUUUUCGAUAAUUUCAGUAUUAAGAAAUCUUGAAUUUUUCUGGAAUAAGAAUGCUGAUAAACUAGAAAGGCUUAUUGAGCAAUUCGAAGAAUGUAAAAAUAUUAUACGAAGACUUGAAUUAGAAUAA